GAUCAGUCUCCAGCUGCAACUUCGCCGUGGUUUCCGAUCGUCGCCAUAGCCAUACAUCCAUCAUGUUCCUAUCUGCACUGCGUAUAUACCUACUUGCCCAGCCAAAUCAUCCCUGCCUUACUCUUGAGAGAGAGCUAGCUAGCUGUGUUAUCACCUCAUCCAUUGCGAGCUCCAGUCGAGAAGGGAAGGAGGAGCAGAUCGAGGAGGAUGCAUCCGGCGGGCGCGGCUGCGGGUGGUGCUGUGAGGGCCGUGCGCGCGGUGGCGAGGGCCAACAUCAUCCUCGGCUUGGCGAUGGCCGCCAUUGCCCUCGUCGCCGCCACCAUGUUCAACCCCGGCGACUUCCACGCACAUGUACGCCACAGCAUGGAGCAAGCGGCGCCGGCGCCGGCGCCCGAGGCGCAGGGAUGCGAGGCGGCAACAGAGGCGGAGGCGCUGGGCCUGCGCGGGACGGCUCUGAAUCUGGUGCUCAUGGGGGUGGUGCAGGCGGUGCUUGCCGCUGCGGCCGACGUGGCCGUAGCGGGAUCGCUCGUCAGGCUGGGCCGGUGCCUCGCCGCCCUAGCGCACCUCAUCGGGGCCAUCAACGUCGGCUUCCUCUGCUACGUCGUUAGCCGGGCUGCGGUCGUCACCAUGGGGAACUGCGCCGUCAACCUCGUCUUCGACUACGUCCUCGUCGCUGUGUCCUACGCCGCGCUGCUCGGCGUCAGCCUCACCGUCACAUUCUUCUGAUUCAAGCCAAGAAGCUACGAACGCACUGCAGUACUCUAACUGGCUGCCACUGAUGCCCUCUGCCUUAGUUACCCAGCUUAGCACUGCCUGCAUCUAUCUUCCUCUACCUAGCUAGCACUACUACGUGGAUCGAUCCAUCUUGGUGUAUAGUAGUAUAAUUUCCAGGUAGGAUUAUCAAGGAGCGUGCCUCCGCGCGUGAAAUGUAAGAUCUGGCUAGCUAUUUAUUAUGUCUGAAUGGAUGUGUUUACCCUGUUC